AUGGACUUGGAAUUGUUUCCAAACAUUACCCCUGACGACUUCGAAUUGAAUUCCACCAAACCUUUCUGUUCCUGUGACCUGGCCCUCUACCGGACAAAUUCAGCCACCGUGGUAGCAGCUCAGAUCCAACUAGCAUUUCCUUUAAUCCGGUUUGGUCUCAUGGUUGGCAUCGGAGGAGGCGUUCCCUCCGCUACAUAUCCCGAUAUCAGACUUGGAGAUGUAGUAGUCAGCAGACCGGAAAGAACGCAUAGCGGAGUAGAGCAAUACGACAUUGGCAAAGCCACACCAAGCGGCGGCUUCAAGAGGACAGGAUUUCUCAACGCGCCACCCAAAAUUCUUCGAAAUACAGUUUCACAUCUCACCGCACGACAUUUGCGCGGGGAAGGACGGUUUCUGGAAUACGUUGCAGCGCUCAGUCGCCUUCCAACCUUUACGCGAGAUUAUGCAGGACUCGAUAUCCUCUUUGCCUCCAACUACGACCACGUUGGGGGAGGGUCUAUAUGCGACGAAUGCGACAAAACCCAUGUAUUACAUCGACCAGGACGCCGUGCCGCUCAAAACAUCAGCGCAAUCCACUACGGCACCGUUGCCUCCGGUAACCAAGUGACGAGAAACGCCGCUGAACGAGACUGUGUCAGCACUGAUCUUGGUGGCGUACUCUGCUUUGAGAUGGAAGCCGCCGGUCUAAUGAACGAGUUCCCAUGCCUCGUUAUAUGGGGCAUAUCCGACUAUUCGGACUCGCACAAGCACAAGCGAUGGCAGCCCUAUGCUGCCGGUGUUGCGGUGGCGUAUGCGAAGGAGCUGCUUUCUGUGAUACCAUCCACUCAAGUCAGAGAAACGCCUGCUGUUGAGGAGAUAAUUAGCAGCAGAGAGAGAGGUCAGUAA